UUGCGCCACUUGUAGGUUUCUUGGGAAAUGCAAGCAAAGGCAAACGCCAAAUGAGCGCAUUUCGCACUUGUUUGCCAAUCUCGUCUAUCCCCGAGAUUGUCAAACUAAUGCGGGUUUAUCACAAACAAUGAUGCUACAUGAAUUUGGGACAAGAUAGGAAAAAUUCGGAUGAUUUUGAUGCUCAAUAUAGUACCGACUACCGGCUCAAAUCAUACACCAUUCUUUUGUCAGCUGGGAGAGGCCAUUGGUCACUUGGAGAAUACCCCUCCGCUUGGCGUCACCGUAUCUGUGAAGCAACACCAGAUACCAGCUGCAGAAUGUACUCCGAGUCAACUGAAAUCGUGUUGUACAAGCUUGCUACCAUGUUAUUGGACAUUGAUAUAUGAGUUUUUCAGCCCCAACGCACGCUAUAGCCGCUAUUCUCGAAGAAAAGAAAACACUAGAUCUUUCACUGAGUCAAGUGGCUGGCAUGUUUGCUCGGGAAAUUGCCACACUGAGCCCUAAUUCAACGAGCAAUCACGAAAACAGGGGCAGACACCCACAGGCGUCGUUUGUGCCUUGAGAUCUGCAAUUGCUCC